CAUCUGCAACUUGCUCCUAAAAUGGCACCCCUGAGAUGGCUCUUGAUCUCUGUUGCAUGUUUCCUUUUCAUGCACAGUCUUGGAAAGUCUGAGACCUGUCCUGAUUGUUUUAUCCAUUCUCGGGCAGGUUAUUACCCAAAUUCUGACCAAAAAGGAACAGAAGUUGGGGAAUGUGGCUUUGGUAAGUUUGGAGCAACACUCAAUGGCGGUGAUGUUUCGGCUGCAUCAGAACUAUAUCGAGGGGGUGUAGGGUGUGGUGCUUGCUAUCAGGUAAGGUGCACUUACAGUUAUUAUUGCCUGGAUAAAGGAGUAACUGUAGUCAUAACUGACCACGGAAUCAGUGAUCGAACUGACUUCAUUCUCAGCCAGCGAGCCUUCAGUCAGAUGGCACAGAGCACGGAUUCAGCAGCCUCUCUACUGGCACGUGGAAUAGUUGACAUUGAAUAUAGAAGGUUAGAGUUACAUAUGAACAAAAAAGACUACAAGAUAUGCUUCAUGGUCAUCAAGAAAGCCUCUAGAUUCAACUAAUAACAGAUGAUUUAGAAGUUAGUGUUGCGGAAGCCCUACCAAAGUUAAGGUAUAACGA